AUGGUUUCGUGGCCAGCUUUCUCGCUAGAUAGCUUCCAGUCCACUCCUGGAGAACAUUACCAAGGACCACCACGCAAUGUAAAGCCCAUUCAAGAGUACAAAGUGAAGCCUGAGCUUCUGCCGCCGAGUUACGAAAUCAAGGGUACAGACCUAGCUUCCAACAUUCUCUUUGUAAAUGUAAACAUUACAGAGUCGAGCGGUCGCGAACCCUACAAAGGUUCCGUAUACAUUCAAGGCGAGCGCAUUGUACUCGUUGGACCCAUCCCUAACGAAAUCGAACUCAAGAGGGACCCGAGUGUUACUGUAUGCGAUGGAAAAGGUCGCACUAUCAUGUCUGGUCUCGGGGAUGCCCAUACACACAUGACCUGGAACGGCGGUGAUGUCAAUCGGCUUGGGAAAAUGAAUGCCGACGAGCAUUUACUGCUGACGAAGAACAAUGCAAAAUGCUACUUAGACUCCGGUUAUACCAUCCGUUCGGGACGCAAUCAAUCCGGAUCCAUCCCGGGGCCCCGUUCCCUUGCAAACGCGCGCGAGAUUGCCAAAACAGAUGGUGAACUGAGCCCCGAUAUCAGCUUCAUGGCAGAUAACGUUGACGAUUUCCGCCGUAUUGCCAGGACUAUCGCAGAUCUCGGUGCUGAUAACAUAAAGCUUAGUAUGUCGGGGGAGGCUAUCACUGAGAGUCGUUCCGCCGAAGAUUGCUACUAUACAGAGGAAGAAACUCGGGUAGCCAUCGAGGAAGCGCAUAAGUUUGGCAAACGCGUCUGCUCCCAUGCUAGAGCCCGAGAUUCUGUCAUUCAAUCCGCAAAGUACGACGUUGACAUUAUUUACCACGCCUCAUAUACCUGUGAUGAAGGCAUGACGAUCCUCGAAGAAAAGAAGGAUCAUAUUGUUGUCGCCCCUGCUAUUAACUGGCUCUGGGCGACUCUCUAUGAUGCCGAGCCCUUUGGAUAUACCUUCAAUUCUGCGGAGGCGAUGGGUUAUAAGAGAGAGACUGAAAUUGCCGUGGCGGCUUUAAGAGAGAUGCAUCGCCGUGGCAUUAUUGAUUUACCGGGAGGUGACUAUGGCUUCGCCUGGUGCCCACAUGGUACAUAUGCACGGGAUCUCGUUCAUUUCCACAGGCUGCUGGACAUGACUACACACGAAAGCAUCAUAGCUGCUACUGCGGGAGUGGGAGCUUUAAUGGGCCGUCCACAUGAGCUCGGCAAGAUUCAGCCCGGAUACUAUGCCGACUUGAUCUUGGUUGACGGAGAUCCUAUUCAAGAUCUUGAGAUCCUUCAGAAUCAUGAUAAACUGAAUGUCAUUAUGAUCAAUGGACGAAUCCACAAGGCCGGACCAAAUGAGUUCAUUGAGAACUAA